CAUCACUUCCUGACUCUAUCCUCCGCCAGCCCGUCUUAGUCCACUUUGGCAAUCAUUAUUGCGCCAGUGUGUGCUGCGCUCCAUCUUUUCGUCGCUGUUGCCGGUGGCCCCUUGCCUUCAUUGGCUCGGCCGUUGUGUUGCUUCCCAGUCUCAGUCGUAGCUACCCUUCCUGCGGCUUGCCUACCCUUUCGCUGACUUGCUUCUGCUUUCGCGUCGCCUCCCUGCUUGCUGCAUCGGGCGGCUCGUCGCUAUGGGUCCCUGACAUCAAAAGGCCGAGCCUCGAACCGCGUUGGAUCCAAGACAAGACCGUCGAAGUUGAGUUACUAUUGAUGAAAUACAGGAGCAGUGAUCAGCUAUCGUUGGCAGCCACGAAACUCUACCUGCCGAUGCUCGGCUGACUGCGUCUUAACCCAUACAUCUGUGUCAUUUGCUUCCUGAUUGCUCCGGACUAUCUUUCUUGAUUGGCAUCUCCUCGCACAGUCACCGUUUGAGACGGCGUUGGUGGUGAAGGCGACCUUCACCAUCCCAAAAGGUUCCACCCUUCAAGACGGCCCUCAUUCCAAACCCCAAUUCAGUUCAAGGCUCCAAAACAUCAAAGAUGCUCCUCGCUUCUUGACCAUUCUUGAUCCUUUUUUUGUUGCGAUGCUCGUUACUGCCAGACUUAUCCACCACGCCUCGUCAUCCGUUGUCAGCCACUUCAACUCAACACCUGGGACCGGCUUUUAUCUCAUCGACACCUCGAUGCCGUACCCUUCCUCACCACCAAUACUCACCUGACCUCAGUAAACCUUCAUCGAAGCCUUCGCCUACCGAGCCGUCCUGUCUCAUGUCGUCCAUGUCUGCUCUUCGCCGCGGUGUCGGGAGCCUGGACUGGUCAAAUUCAACUACCAAAUCAAGCUUCGACUACCCUUCUGCAUAUGGGUUCAAGAGGCGGAACACCGACGAUACCUCCUUCAGCAACGGCUUGCCUACACCUCCCGGAUCAAGGGCCAUGGCCGGAGUGUCACUCGGGGACAGCUAUCCUGGCUUCCCCAGCCAUCUGUCUCAACACAAGGGGGACUUCUCUCAUAACGCAGUUGGUGCCUCUCAAGGGCAUAGAGGAUUAUCGCUAAAGAACGGCAACUCUCACGCUUUGGUAUCUGCCUCAAACAACAACUCCGACUCUUAUUUCCGCCCAGCCGUUGAUCAGAACAAUGUCAAUGUCAAUGCCAUUGCACCUCAUCUCCAAAUACCGGAGUCAGUUAACAAGAGCAAGGGCAGCCUGGCAGAAUUUACGGCUGAAAUCACCUGUCUGUUCUGGUUCGAGACUGCAAGCACAAUACAAUAUGCAGAGGAUUUGCCGAAGGACCAUCCUGUGGACGGAGGACUACUUCCGGAUGCUAUACCAUCAAUUGGGUUUCGAAAGUGGGUGACAACUAUCAUCAGCACUACCCAAGUCGGCAAGAACGUGAUUUUACUGGCGUUGAUGUUUAUUUAUCGGCUGAAGAAAUUCAAUCCAAGCGUCAGUGGAAAGCGUGGGAGUGAAUACAGGCUUUUGACCAUUGCUUUGAUGUUGGGCAACAAGUUCCUCGACGACAACACCUACACAAACAAGACUUGGGCAGAGGUCUCUGGGAUUUCUGUCACAGAAAUCCACAUCAUGGAGGUGGAAUUUCUCAGCAACAUGAGAUAUGAUCUUUACGCCUCGGCCGAAGAGUGGAACGAAUGGAAGGCCAAACUCGGAAGGUUUGGCGCGUUCUAUGACAAAUCAUCACAGCUCCGCCUCACAGAUGAACCCAGAGGCACAGCUCCUGUCACUCCAACUUCACAAACUUUCUCUCACAAGUUACCCUCGCCGCCAUCACCUCAGCAUGCGGUGCACUCCUUUAUGCGGUCACCUCUGAACAAUUCUUACCCGUCUCUACCACAUCCUGUGCCUUCUUCAGCACAAUUGCCGAGCUCCCCGCUCCGGGAGCAAUAUGGAUCAGGUCUUCAACGGGAAGAGAGAAAGCGGAGUCUUGACUUCUCUGCAGACCUGCCACCAGCCAAAAGACAGCAGUAUCCCACUCCGAUGCAGAGUGGAGGCAUUGGCCAUGCGAACACUCUUCCAUAUCCGUCAAAUGGUCUCAGGGUUCCUCCCAUUCACAGCAACAUUCUAGAUCCGAGCCUGUCUACUCUGCCGCUGGAAAUUCCGAGGCUCGAUGUCCCCAGGGUUCCUCCUCCUGCUCAUCCCUCAACCCAAGUUGCUCCGCCAUCAAUGCCAGUCAGCCGAGCAAUGGCGAGUGUAUAUCCGAGCGCAACUGCUGGUUAUCCUCAGCCUGUAACUCCCAUUUCCGCUAUUCCCCAGAAUCUAUUCCAGAACCCUAUUCCGAACCUUGGCGAUGGAUCAAGAUCGAUUUCGAAUUAUCCUUCGGCUCAUACGUCUCCAUCGAAUGGCUUUAAUACUACGACUUCUACACUUCCAGGCCUUUCACCUUCAUACUUCUUGACACAUCGGACUUCGCCAUACCGGCCAGUACGACAUGUCAACACCCUCCUAUUUCCACCUCCCUCUACUACUCUUCAGGCUCCUGUCAGGAACAUCCCCUAUGAUCAGAUUCAUUAUCAACCCUUGGGCAAAGCUGCUUCUGAGCGGCGCACUGGCCCACUUCCUUUUAUGCAAGCGGACGGAUGGCAAAGGAGCAAUACUUCAACACCUCUUGCUCAUCCGCAAUAUCAUUUUUAGGUCAUGGCCGCGGAAAUUGUUUUUCUUUCAUCAAUUCCUCUGUGUCGCACUUUUCAGCGACCAAUGAUUUGUGCAUAGCGUGGCGGUUAUCCAUUUUUCUGUACGCAGUACUCAGUAUCAGCGAUAUGCAUUUCAUGGGCGUUGGGAGGGCUGAAAUAAAAGGCACAAAACAUGACGGCAUACGAGCCGGAUGCACGCCGAGCAAUUCGAUAGAAGGGGUUGUACACAAUUAGAUGGUCUAGCGUAGGACACCCAAUGCAGCAAUAAGCUGCACCAAGCAUCAAAGGAGAAUAGAAAGAAAAUUAAUUUGUCUCCCAUA